AUGUUAAUUACAUUUAAAGAUAUCAAAAAAAUUGAUUAUUUUGAGGAACCAAAGCUCUUAUUACUCUACUGGGAUAUUGAAACAUCAUCAUCAAGAGGUCUAGGUUUUUUUCCUGUAGGUGAAAAAGAAAAUGAUUAUGUAUACAUAAUCCAAUUUGAUAUUGUAUUUUACAAUAAAUCGAUAUCUCGAAAGAGAUUUUGUUUAUCAACUAUUCCUAUAAACAGCCAAAAAUUUCAUUCAAAAUAUAACUCAACAGAAUUAAUAUUCAUUGAGCUGCAAACUCAAGAACAGCUCUUAUUAAAAUUUGCAGAAUUAGUUGGAAAUUAUGAACCGGAAUUUGAGAUUAGUUACAAUACAAGCCAAUUUGAUUGGAACUUCAUACUCAAAAAAGCCAGACUGUUGAAUAUAGAUGAUGAAUUUAUUAGACUGUUAACUAAAACUAAAACAACUUUUCAGUUCAAUAUACAACAAGCGACAGUACGAGUUGUUGAUUGUGACAUUGAUAAAGAUAAUUUGAAAUAUGAAUUUGCCGGAAUCAAUAUGAACAAUCGAAAGAUCAAGAUAUCUCCAAAUGAGACUAUGAAAUGUGAAUUCAUGUGA